CGCAGCCGAAUGGCGCAAAGUCGUAAACAUCGACGAUCCCGUCUAGUUUCGGUGACUCGCUUUCUCUCCUUAUAGUUGAUCAGCGUCUGGACCGCGAGCGCACGGGGCGGACAUGUGAGAGCGGCGGAGCCUCGGCUGUGGUUCUGUACGGCUGCUGAUCGGUUGGCCCUAACGUCCGCCGACGUUCAAAAGCUCGAAAAGUCAGUUGACUUGCUCUGGCUGACGAUCUGCCUGUGCGUCUUGGAUCGGUCGAGUGGCCGCCACCGCCGGCGAUCGAAAGCCCCGAUGGUCCGCGAAGCCUCCGAUAUAAAACUCCGGGCAGCAUACGCCCGGAUUAUCCUCGCGCUAAGUCACUGCUCUCGGUCAAAUUCGCGUCAAUUUCGACUUUCUUUGUCGCCUGUGCAAUUGUCAGGAGAAACUCUCUCCGUUGCUUGCGGAAGAUAACUUCCGCUCUUUAUUGAAUUGUGUAAAAUUGUUAUCUUAAUCGCCAACUGAGCGUUCUCCUGAAUUAAGACGAGCCUCAUCCCGCUCUCGCACACCAAUAAAAUACCAGAACAAUUAAUCGGGUAAGGAGGUGGCGUUAAUCUAAGAUCGCGAGAAAUUUUCAAGGAUCGCGAUUAAUACCGGGAAUAUUCAACUGCGAAAAAAUCCGAACUCUCGAAAAUCGAAAAAGUAUCAGGCGAAUAUAAUCGGCGAGGAGCCAGCGCGUUAUUUUGUGGCGACUUGAGUUGCCCAUCUACACCACGACGUGUUCAUGGUCGUUGCCGUCGUUGGUGGCGCUGUCCGAGCCGCGAGCGGGACAGAGUUGUAACAGUCGUUCCUCUCAACUCGCACGAUCGAGAUCGGCCACCUCGACGUGCGGUUGCGAUAAUCGUAUUGCUCUAAAAGUGAAGUUGCGUCAUUACCGCCUUAGCUAACAUAAAACCAGCUACCGACAAGAGAAGUUCUGUGGCACUUCUGCCGGGGCUUCUGAACCUAUCUAAGUCCACAAGUGGUGACCCCGACGUGAUCCAAUCAUCGGCGGUCAGUAUAUCGGGGGGCAUCGAGUGUAUCCACGUGCGAACUUUAAUAUCCGGCGGGCUGUGAAUCGCAUUUUCAUCGCCGUGGGAUACGAGGGGGAGGGGCGAUAUAGGUUCAGACUUCUCGUUUGGCGCGUUGAAGUCGCAUCGCGGACGAUUAGAACAAUCAAUCGUUGUUCCGCGACUUGUCAACGGCCUGUCGAUUUGUCCGCCCGCGUUUUGAUUCAAUUGGCGAGUAGGCGUCUCUUUCCUCGACGACCUUUCUUUGUCGGAGUUGGAUUGUCUAGUGUUGUCUAGCGUCCGGAUAACAGCAGCUCUCCUUCGUGUCGCGCGGCUGAUGCGAGAGCGAUAGUAUGUCGUCCAAGUGACUGUCGUUCUGGACGGCAGCGACGAGCGCGUUGAAUCUCUCGAUGCAGAUCUGCAGGUGAUCGUCCUUGGAAAUGGUGCGUCUGUUGACGCUCUCCUUGCACAGCGGGCAAUGCGCCUUCUUCUUCUUCAGCAAGUUUAGUAUACAGGCCUUGCAGAACGAAUGGCCGCAUCGUGUCUUGGUAGGCUCCGUUAUGAGCUCCAGGUUUUCUCUGCAAGGGGGUAACCGCUGACUGGAAUCUUGUUGACGUCGCGCAACAACGAUUGAUUCUAAUCGUCCGCGAUGCGACUUCAACGCGCCAAACGAGAAGUCUGAACCUAUAUCGCCCUUCCCCCUCGUAUCCCACGGCGAUGAAAAUGACAAUGCGAUUCACAGCCCGCCGGAUAUUAAAGUUUGCACGUGGAUACACUCGAUGCCUCCCGAUGAUUGGAUCACGUCGGGGUCACCACUUGUGGGCUUAGAUAGGUUCAGAAGCCCCGGCAGAAGUGCCACAGAACUUCUCUUGCCGGUAGCUGGUUUUAUGUUAGCUAAGGCGGUAAUGACGCAACUCACUUUUAGAGUAAUACGAAUACUUUAUUAUCGCAACCGCACGUCGAGGUGGCCGAUCUCAAUCGUGCGAGUUGAGUGGAACGACUGUUACAACUCUGUCCCGCUCUGCGGCUCGCGUCGAUACGCUUUGGGCAAACCGUACCACGUUUUCGUCCGAUUUACCAUUGUCAUCGGAUAUUGGUUUCGCCGACUUAGCUUUGUCUUCGAUCGGUUUUUCGUCCGGACGAGGCAGCGAGACGAGGGGGAGAACCGCCGAGGGCAUUGUGGUGUACACAUUUGCGGCGUUACUGGGCGUUACUGGGCCUUUUCUGGGCUUUGUAAAGAUAAAAUAAGAGAAAACCUGGAGCUCAUAACGGAGCCUACCAAGACACGAUGCGGCCAUUCGUUCUGCAAGGCCUGUAUACUAAAAUUGCUGAAGAAGAAGAAGGCGCAUUGCCCGCUGUGCAAGGAGAGCGUCAACAGACGCACCAUUUCCAAGGACGAUCACCUGCAGAUCUGCAUCGAGAGAUUCAACGCGCUCGUCGCUGCCGUCCAGAACGACAGUCACUUGGACGACAUACUAUCGCUCUCGCAUCAGCCGCGCGACACGAAGGAGAGCUGCUGUUAUCCGGACGCUAGACAACACUAGACAAUCCAACUCCGACAAAGAAAGGUCGUCGAGGAAAGAGACGCCUACUCGCCAAUUGAAUCAAAACGCGGGCGGACAUCUUCGCGCCUACGCUUUUAUCCCUGCGGACGCGCAGCUAGCGCAGUCAUCCCGGCGGACGCGCAUCCAGCGCAGUCAUCCCGGCGGACAUCUUCGCGCCCUCGAGUCAUCCCGGCGAAUGCGCAUCCAGCGCAGUCAUCCCGGCGGACAUCUUCGCGCCCUCGAGUCAUCCCGGCGGACGGCACUCGGGGGCAGUGAUGCAAAUUCCGAUUCUUUUGCAGCACGAUGUGGUCGGAGA